UUUGCCUAGAGGCCUUUGGGACUGGCAGGUCACAGAGCAGUGACUCAUUCUACCAGCCAGGAGGGGAGUGGAGGGGAGUCAGGGACUAUCCACUGUUUGGGUGGUGCCUUGCCAGAGAGCCUGCCCCUGCCUGUGUCCUUGGCUGGGCUCAAGGAAGCUGGGUUGGAAGCUGGAGGUAGCCUCCUCCUUGUCCCCUGAAACCCCUGACAGAGAAGACAGAGCCUCGUGCAGACCUCCGGCUCUCCAGGAAGGCGCUGAAGCCCCGCUGCCCAAGCCCCCAGACCGAGGCCAUGGAUAAGUUUCGCAUGCUCUUCCAGCACUUCCAGUCGAGCUCGGAGUCCGUGAUGAACGGCGUCUGCCUGCUGCUGGCGGUGGUCACGGUCAAGCUCUACUCCUCCUUUGACUUCAACUGCCCCUGCCUGGAGCGCUACAACGCCCUCUACGGCCUGGGCCUGCUGCUCACCCCGCCGCUCGCCCUGUUCCUUUGCGGUCUCCUCGCCAACCGGCAGUCGGUGGUCCUGGUAGAGGAGUGGCGCCGGCCCCCCGGCCACCGGAGGAAAGACCCCGGCAUCAUCAGGUACAUGUGCUCCUCUGUGCUGCAGAGAGCGCUGGCCGCCCCUCUUGUCUGGGUCCUGCUGGCACUCCUGGAUGGAAAGUGCUUUGUGUGCGCCUUCAGCAACUCUGUGGACCCCGGGAAGUUUCAGGACUUGGCCAACAUGACCCCCAGCCAGAUGCAGCUCUUCCUAGCCAAAGUGCCUUGCAAGGAGGAUGAGCUGGUGAAGGACAGCCCAGCUCGAAAGGCGGUAUCUCGCUACCUGCGGUGCCUGUCACAGGCCAUCGGCUGGAGUGUCACCCUUCUGCUGAUCGUGCUGGCCUUCCUGGCUCGCUGCCUGAGACCCUGCUUCGACCAGACAGUGUUCCUGCAGCGCAGGUACUGGAGCAACUACGUGGAUCUGGAGCAGAAGCUCUUCGACGAGACAUGCUGCGAGCACGCGCGGGACUUCGCGCACCGCUGCGUGCUGCACUUCUUCGCCAGCAUGCAGAGCGAGAUGCGGGCCCGGGCCCUGCGCUGGGAGGGGCACGCCAGAGGCCACGACCACACUCCCAUGCCUGAGCCCCAGGAGGAGCUGGAUGCUGAGCGUGGGAAAGCCCACCUGCGUGCCAUCUCCAGCCGAGAGCAGGUGGACCAGCUCCUGAGCACCUGGUACUCCCGCAAACCGCCCCUUGACCUCCUGGCAGCCCCAGGACUCUUGGGGAGCAGCCUCAGCUAUCGCGCCCCCACGGUGGCCACAGACGCCAGGCUGACCCAGCACACCGAUGUAUAGGGGCAUCAGCAUUGUCCCUGAGUGAAAAUGCCCAUGCCAACAAAGAUUUAGGGGUGGCUCUAAGGACCCCAAGGCAGAAUAGCCUAACCCUUGUUAGCCAGACUCCCCCAAAUAGCUCAGUCUCUGGCCUGCUCCAACACCACCCAUGUUUAACGUAUGAUAGUGCCCAGAAUUGAACCUGGGACCUCAGAGCUUCAGGCAUUAAAGUCUUCUUUUUUUUAAAUAUUUGUUUUAUUUACUAAUGAGAGAGAACCAGAGCAUCACUCUGGUGCAUGUGAUGCCAGGACCUCAUGAUUGAGAAUCCUAGGUUUUAUUAUUAUUAUUAUUAUUAUUAUUAUUAUUAUUAUCAUAUUUAUUUAUUUAUUUAUUGUAUAGAGACAGCCAGAAAUCAAGAGGGAAGUGGAGGAGCAUAGAGAGGGAGAGAGACAGAGAGACACCUGCAGCACUGCUUCACCACUCGUGAAGCUUUCCCCCUGCAGGUGGGGACCUGGGACUAGAACCUGGAUCUUUGUGCAUUAUAACAUGUGCGCUUAAGCAGGUGCGCCACCACCCAGCCCCAGGCAUCAAAGUCUUUUUUACAGAGCCACUAAACUGUCUCCCCAGCAGCCUCCUAUGUUCUAAGACAGGUUUCCCAAGUUCAAUGUAAACUCUGCUCAUUCACCUGGGGCUCUUAUCAAAUGCAGAACCUGACUCAGUGCCUUUGGGACCACUGAAACUGUGCGGCUUAUGUGUCUCAGCACUGAUGCCUCUGACCAGAGGCUAGACAGAUCUCCCUUAUGUUCUGGAUCCAAAAUGUUCAGAUUCUAAAUAAUAACAAUAAGCAGAAGAAAAACAUAGGAUCAUAUGGAACAAUGUGUCAGGUAUUGCUCUGAUUCUGUACUGUUCUAAUUCAUUUAACCUUCACAACAGCAUAAAGAAGUAGGAUGACUUUUUGUUCAGUAAAAGUUUUAUUGCAACAAACUGCACUAUAACAUUACAUAGAUUUUCAUGCCUGAGGUACCAGAUUCAGUACCCUGUACCACCAUAAGCCAGAGUUGAGCACUGCUC